AAUGGCAGCUUGUUUAAGUGUCUGACACUUAGAGGCUGGGAAGGUGGGGCAAUUUUGAGAUGUUCAGGAUAAAAUAAUGUAGCUAGCGCUAUGUUCUUCGAAAAAAUCAACAUAUAUACGGCCACGGUUGCUUGAUCAAAUCUGAUGAAUCGAAACGGCUAAGGAAAAUCGAAUGACUCAUGAACACCACGAUGAAAAGGAAAUUAAACAAACCUCAGCCACCUAAGCAGAGAAGAAGCCUCAGUUCACAGAGGGACAUGGUGGAUUCAGGUGUCAUGUCAGAUCCUGAUAGUCAGAUGAAGCACCUGGCUUUGAUGCAGCACAGUAACAAUGUCCUUAAGUUCUUAAAUGAGGACAGAACCAAGCAGAGGUUUUGUGACCUACACGUCUCAGUGGGUGGAAAACAGUACAGUGCCCACAAAGUGGUGCUGGCCCAGGGUAGCAGUUACUUUCAUGCUGAGCUUACCAAGAACCCACAGACAAACCAUAUCACCCUGGACCAUGUCGAGGAGUCUGUGUUCCAGCACCUGCUGCACUUCCUGUAUACGUCAGAAUUUGUGGUGUCAGAAAGGGAGCUCCCUGCCCUGACCAAGGCAGCACGCUUCCUGGAUAUGAUGGAUGUGGUAAAGCUGCUGACCGAGACAGAAGGACCAGUGGUUUGUGUCCUGGCCCAGGCUAACACUGGGGUGGAGCCAGAUGUUGAGAGAAACACUGAAGUCCCAGCAGAUGGCACCAUAGACCACAGCCAGACUAGUGUACAGUGUUGCUUCUGCAGCCGCAGGUUUUGCUACAAGAAGUCGCUGGAGAAUCACCUGGCCAAGAGUCACAUUUGUACACAAGGGGAUUCAGUGGUUGAGAAUGCAGCAGAAAGUCAGGUGACCACAACUGCUAGGAGGUCAGCUCGAAGGAGGAAAGUCCCUGCCAAAUUUAAAAUCAGUGACACUGAGGCCACAGAGGCUAACAUGGAAGAACCAUCUCAGGACACUGUUGGGCAAGAGACAGGCCCCUUUUUACCAGAGGAAGAGGACAGCAAAGAAGAACAUGACAACAGGAAGAAGGAAAGCAAGUCUCACUCAGGUGGUGAAUCAGAGGAUGAAGAAGAGAGGGAGGACGAAGAGUUGGAAGUGGAGAACCAACGUGUAAUUGUGGAAACUGCAGAAGAUCAGACUGGUCCUGAGGUAGAGGUGUACAGUCAGACCUCUGACAGUGCUAAUCAUGCACUUGUAUACCCAGAGGGCCUGGCACCAGUCAUAAUCCACACCGCCAGCAAGAAAAGUCUCCAGUGCCCCAAGUGUGACAAGACGUUUGACCGUAUAGGGAAGUAUGAGAGUCACACCAGGGUCCACACAGGGGAGAAGCCGUUCCAGUGUGACGUCUGUCUACAGUGUUACUCCACCAAGUCCAACUUGACUGUGCACAAGAAGAAACACGACAACGAUGCUCCCUUCCAGAGGAAGGAGCACAAGUGUCCCUUCUGCAGCAAGCUCCAUGCAAGCAGGAAAACCCUGUCCAAACAUGUCAGAAGGUUCCACCCAGACCACAUCCAAGAGUUUAUUAUAAUGAAGAAGAGGAAGAGCGAAGGUUGGAAAUGUGAUAUCUGCCACAAGUCUUUCACACGUAGACCUCAUCUGGAGGAACACAUGAUCCUCCACACACAGGACCGACCCUUCAAAUGCUCCUUUUGUGAUGAUUACUUCAAGUCCAGGUUUGCCAGGUUGAAACACCAAGAAAAGUACCACUUAGGUCCAUUCCCAUGCGACAUCUGUGGCCGACAGUUCAAUGACACGGGCAACAGAAAAAGACACAUUGAAUGCACACAUGGAGGGAAGAGAAAAUGGACCUGCUUCAUUUGCGGGAAAUCAGUGAGGGAGAGAACAACAUUGAGGGAACAUUUGCGUAUCCACAGUGGAGAGAAGCCUCAUCUCUGUAGUAUCUGUGGGCAGAGUUUCCGCCAUGGCAGCUCCUAUAGGCUUCAUCUCCGUGUCCAUCACGAUGACAAACGCUAUGAGUGUGACGAGUGUGGGAAAACCUUUAUUCGUCAUGACCAUCUGACCAAACACCAGAAAAUACACUCAGGUGAGAAAGCGCACCAAUGUGAGGAGUGUGGGAAAUGCUUCAGACGGCAUGAUCACCUGACUGUCCAUUACAAGAGUGUCCACUUGGGAGAAAAAGUGUGGCAAAAGUAUAAAAUGGCGGUGCAUCAGUGUGAGGUCUGCAAGAAAGAGUUCAAGGGAAAGUCCAGUCUAGAGAUGCACUUUAGGACACAUUCAGGUGAGAAACCACACAAAUGCCCAGUGUGCCACCAAACGUUCCGGAUUAAGAAGACUAUGACGAAACACAUGGUGAUUCACUCGGACGCCCGCCCCUUUAACUGCCCCCACUGCAGUGCCACCUUUAAGAGAAAAGACAAGCUCAAGUACCACAUGGACCACGUUCACAGCACAAAGUUCAGCGAGCAGCCUCUUACCGGAACUAACGAGGACAAGAUGGCCGUCUUGCCAUAUGAGGAACCCCCUAAAGUCUUCCCUGAGGAACCCAAGACCGUCUUCCAGAGUGCCAAUGCAGACUCGCGUGUUCCUGUCACUCUGGUGCCCGUCCACAUGUCGGGCGUCCAAGGUGACUUGGCCAGACACGGAACAGCUAUCUCCACCCAACCCCAAGGUGUGCUCACGUCACCCCAAGCCCAGGCCCAGAUAACCAGGUACCAAGCAGCCACGGACCUGGCCUUCCUGGAGAAGUACACGCUGACCCCUCAGCCUGCCAACAUAGUACACCCAGUACGGCCAGACCAGAUGCUGGACCCUAGGGAGUCUUAUCUGGGUACAUUACUCGGCCUGGACUCUGCCCCCACUGUCCAAAAUAUCUCUAACUCUGAUCACCCCCACUAAUAACCUCCGACCUGCCACCAGGUUUUGUAUGCAACGGUGAGCGACAGACAUGCAUAGUAGCUGGAGAGGAACAUACUGAGAGUUAGUUCAGAAGAAGUGUAACGGUGUAAAGCCGUGAAAUUCACUCUUCAGGUAUGUAGCAGCCACCCGCGUCAAUGAAGAGCUAGCUUUUCUUUGGCGUAGUUGGUAGUGGUCGCGCUUGGCAAGUGGGAGGUCGUACUUUCGAGCCCAGCGAGUGGCGAACCACCUUGGUGACGUAACUUGUCCACGUCUGUUACAUACCGUCACAGAAGCACUAUGAUCAAAUAUGUUUUGGAUACCUUAGAUACUUUUUUUAGCACCACAGAAAUGUCUAACAGUUAA